CAUUCAUCUGAAAGAAGAGAUUAAACUGUUGUGCGAGUAAAGAUUUAUUCUUUUGACUCUGAGACAUCGAUUUGGUGUUAGGGUUUAAUAGUCUUCAAUAAGCUAUUUGAAGGAUAUCACAAGGAUAUCUAAAGGACGUAUCAAUACAAAAAUAAAAGAUGUCAGUAAACCCUGGCGGUCGGAGGCUGAAACAGUGGCUAGUUGAGCAGAUCCAGAGCGGCCAGUACCCGGGGCUGCUCUGGGAGGACGACAGUCGCACUAUGUUCCGCAUCCCCUGGAAACAUGCUGGGAAGCAGGAUUACAACCAGGAGGUCGACGCCUCUAUCUUCAAGGCCUGGGCGGUGUUUAAGGGGAAGUUUAAGGAGGGGGAGAAGGCUGAGCCUGCUACAUGGAAGACCAGGCUGCGGUGUGCCCUCAAUAAGAGCCCCGACUUCGAGGAGGUGGGAGACAGGUCCCAGCUGGACAUCUCUGAGCCCUACAAGGUGUAUCGCAUUGUCCCCGAGGAGGAGCAGAAGACAGGUAAAAGUGCAGCAGCAGUUUUGACAUCUAGCCCUGGUGACAUUACUGACAUGGACUGCAGCUCUGCACACCUGGAGGAGCUCAUCAAAGAGGUGAAGCAGUCUUCCAAUGAUGAGUACCUUGGCAUCGUCAAGAGGAGCCACUCUCCCCAGGAGGAUGGCUGUAGGAUGCAGCCCAGCCCGGAGUACUGGUCCCAGGGCAGCGCCAGUGUCUUCCCGGGGCAUCAAGAUCCCUCGCCGAUGGGUUCUUUCAAUGCCGCCUUCUCCCAGAUGAUCAUUAACUUCUUCUAUGGUGGGAAGCUGAUGGACAGCGUGGUGACAUCUCAUGCUGAUGGCUGUCGUAUCUCUCCGGGUCAGUCUCCCUUGGUCCAGCACAGGUCCCCCUACUGUCUCCCAGACAGUCUGCAGAACGUCCGUUUCCCUCCUGCUGAGCUCAUCGAGGUUGAGCGCCAACGCCAUGUCACUCGCAAGCUCCUGGGCCACCUGGAGAGGGGUGUGCUGGUCCGUGCCAACCGCGAGGGCAUCUUCAUCAAGAGGCUGUGCCAGAGUCGUGUGUUCUGGAGCGGGCAGGGGGGAUUGGGCCCCCACUACAGCCCUGGAGGGCCAUGCAAACUGGAGAGAGAUGCUGUGGUCAAGAUUUUUGACACAGGAAGGUUCUUUGAAGCUCUCCAGCUGUACCAGGAGGGCCAGCUUCCCGCCCCUGACCCCAUGGUGACCCUGUGUUUCGGGGAGGAGCUUCAUGACCUCAGCACAGCCAAGAGCAAACUUAUCAUCGUCCAGGUCACUCCAGUGAACUGCCAGCAGCUGUUGGAUGCAGUGAGCAUGCAUCGUUCCCAGUACAGCAGUCCUAACCUGGAGAUCCAGUCAGACGAGCUGCAGGCCGGGGAGCAGAUGGCCCGGAUCUACCAGGACCUGUGUAGCUACACCGCCCCCCAGAGGGCAGCCUGCUACAGGGACAACAUGCCCAUCACCGCCUGAACAGAGCACCUUCCUUCACUCCCCCUCAUUGAUAUAACAAGAAAGGACUGACAUGACAUAUGGUGAAAUGUGUCACUAACCUACACUUCAGCCUCUCACACCUUUUAGCCCUUGCUUACAGAAAUGCUUUUCAAUUCUUCAGAGCCAAUGAGCGAGGGCAUACUUUGAUGAAUGGAGAAAGAGAUGGGAUAGAGGAUCAGAACAAAGCCAACACUUGCAAGGUGUGAACUGAUAGGACCCAACGCUAUGCAGCUUGGGUGUUACAGAGACACUGUGUGUCAAGAAAGGGAAGUAUGAUACAACCAUAUUAAAAAUGGUGCUGUAACGGUAUUAAAGGGUUUACUCAUCAAAUAUACCACCCCAGGAAGUAUACCACAUAUACCAAUCCAGAAAUAAAACACAGUACAAAUUUAAUUAAUACAAUUCUGAAUAAUAUAUGCCAUUUAGCAGACGCUUUUAUCCAAAGCGACUUACAGUCAUGUGUGCAUACAUUCUACGUAUGGGUGGUCCCGGGGAUCGAACCCACUACCCUGGCGUUACAAGCGCCAUGCUCUACCAACUGAGCUACAGUAAAAUAGGGGUUUUAACUAUUCUGUCUUGUAAACCUACUAUCAUCAAGGUUAUCACUAUUCAUUUUUAAACAACGUGGUGAGUUUACUACAGCAGUAAAUGUGAUUCAAUAAACCCUGAAGUAUUGAAUGUUAUAUUAGAAUUUGUGUCUAUCAAUUGACUAUCAAUUGACUUGUUUAUCAGAUUUCUCACCUGCUUUUAAUGUAUUUUUUAUGAUGGAAAAUGUGAUUGAUAUUCAAUCCAAUAGUCCAUACUAGUCAUCAUGUCAAAGUGUAUAUACAUUUAUACAUGUUAAAUCAAGGGCCACUAUAGCAGGACAUUUAGCUACCAGUACACCAGAUUACUUAUUUUCUUUAAAUGUAUAACCUCCUUAAAACUUUUAUAUUUUUUCAAUUUGUACUGUAGAAUUGUUUUUCUUAUACUGUAUGAGAGAUUUUAACAGCAACAUGAUUGCUUGGAUUGUAUUUGAUAUAGAUAGGUUUUACUAUCCUAUUCUGUCCAAUGUUUUACUCUCUCUGAAUUCAUUUUUCAAACUUUCAAAUGAAUAGCAAACUUUUCAGUGAAUCUGUUCAUUUGGCUUGUAUUUUAUUUAUGAGCUGUUAUACAACAAUAUCUAUGAAGUCACUUACUGAACAUAUCUUUGAUUGAGUCUUUGAUGAUGGCUUGAAAACUUACAGCUAAAACUAUUCAGCACACAAUAAACCAGAAUAAAUGGUCAAAUUACAUAA